AUGGCAGGCUUUGAACUCCAAUACCCAAUAGAUCGUGAAUUGACCGGAGGUGACCUUUUGGCACAAUGUCUGAAGUAUGCAGGCGUCGAAGUUGCUUUCGGUCUUCACGGUGGCCAUCUGGACGCGUUCCUCAUGGGGUGUGAAGCCAGCGGCAUUCGUCUCAUCGAUACUAGACAUGAAACAGUCGCCGUACAAGCCGCUGAGGGAUACUCUCGAAUCAGCAUGAAACUUGGGGUUUGCUUUGUUACUGCUAAUAGCGGAUUCUCCAACGGACUAGCCGGACUAGCCACGGCUUAUGGUGAUCGAAGCCCUGUUCUCUGUAUAACGUCUUCGCCGCCUUUGCGAGACACAGAAAACAACUCGCUGCAGGGCUCUAUUGAUCAAGUCGUGGCUGCAAAACCAGUUACGAAGUUCGCUCAUAGAGUCGUUGCACCCGAGGAAUGCCCGAGGAUCGUGUCCCACGCAAUUAGGAUGGCCUUGUCGGGGGCUCCAGGUCCUGUGCUGCUAGACUUCCCCAUCGAUGUCUUGUUCUCGCCCAUCCAACCCAAGUUAAUUGCCUGGGGAUCGAUCACGUCCCCUUUCUUGUAUCGUCCAGGACCCAGCGACGGCGCUGUCAAAGCAGCCGUUGAGCUAUUGGCUUCGGCCAAACGACCCGUGAUCAUCACAGGUACUGGCGCAAAACAUCCCCAUACACGCGGAAUCAUCAAUAAAUUGGCUGAGACCUGCCAUAUCCCCAUUUUUAACACUUCCAAAUAUGGGGUCUUCACUCCGAAGUCACCCAUGCUAUCUCAAAGCACAGCAGGAGACUUGGCAAAGCUUCCUCUAAUGAACCUACCCACCCCAGACUUGAUUAUACUUCUCGGUGCACGAACUGGAAUGUUCCUCGGCGGUAGAAGUGGAGCCAUCAUACCAAACGAAGGAUGUAAGCUACUCCAAGUAGACUGCGACGGAAGCGAGAUCGGCCGUUCACUACCCAUUGACCUGGGUAUAAUCUCCGACGUGGAUGCAUUUGUCACUGCCAUGAACUUCAAAGUCACGACAGUGUUCCAAAGAAGGGUUGACAGAGCUUGGGUCAACUCCGUUCUCGGCAUCGCAAAGCUGGAAUCGCCAUUUGAGAAAGAGUCUCAACAGAGCUCUGCGGGUGCUCUGCAUCCGUACCAUGCAAUGAAAGAGGUCAUGUCCGCCGUCGAACCUGGAAGCAUCAUUGUCCUGGAUGGAGGGGAAGCUUCCGCAUGGGGCGCGGACCUUGCUGCCCUCUCUGACCCCAGCGUUGUUCUCACUUCAACCGGAUACCUCGGGUUCUUGGGCAAUGGAUUCGGGUAUGCGUUGGGCUGCGCAAUUGCAGACCCAGAGCGAAAGGUCGUCAACAUACAAGGAGAUGGUUCAGCCGGAUUCCAUCUGAUGGAAUUGGACACGUACAAAAGGUUCAACCUCGAUAUAAUGACGGUUAUCGUCAACAAUUCUAGCUGGGGCAUGAGUUCCAACGGACAGGAUAUCGUCUAUGGAUCCAAACAUCCAGCUCGAAUGAUCAGUGCCCUCAAUCCAGAAACUCAAUAUGAGCUUGUGGCUCGGGGCUUGCAAAAUUCAGCGGCGAAGCUUUCGAGAAUUUCUGAUAUCCGGGGUACGAUUACAGAGCUUCAAGCUGGGCCGGGGCCCAGCUGUGUCAAUCUGGUCGUUGACCGUAAGCCUGUUCAUCCUAUUACCACGGCAAUGGUUGGAUUGACGGAUGAUCCGAGUUUGGUCGUGGUUCCAUAUUAUGAUAACAUUCCACGGGCAUAUCAUAAGCUGUAG